AUGUCGUUCAACUUUGAGACGAUCCUACAGGCGCAUAGUGGGCCGAUUCGGUGCGCGGAGUUCAGUAACAACGAUAACUGGCUCCUCACGGGGGAUGACGAGGGAAACGUGAAGUACUUUCAGAUGACGUUUAAUAAUUUGCGGUCGUUUCAGGUGCACAAGGAGCCGGUGACAUCGAUCUCGUUCGCAAGAUCGGAUCUGAAGUUCGCAACUGGGAGCGACGACGCGACGGUGAAAAUUGUAGAUUUCGCUCGCGCGGAGACUGAGUACACGCUGAGUGGGCACACCGGAGACGUGAAGACGGUGCAGUGGCAUCCGUGGUUGGGACUUGUCGCGUCGGGGGGCAAGGACGGCGCGGUGAAGAUGUGGGAUCCAAAGAGCGGACACUGCGCGACUACGAUGCAUGGUCAUAAAGGAGCGAUUACGUGUUCGAAAUGGAACAAAAAUGGGAACUGGUUGGUGACCGGUUCAAAGGAUCAAACGUUAAAAGUAUGGGAUUUGCGCAUGCUUAAGGAAAUUGGGACGUAUCGCGGUCAUGGAAAGGACGUCACGGAGGUCAUUUGGCACCCCACACACGAGCCACUCUUCACGUCGGGAUCGCUCGACGGCUCGAUGAAUUAUUGGCUCGUCGGUGCCGGCGAGGCGCCGCACGCCGAGAUCAAGGGCGGUCACGAAGGGGCGAUCUUGAGCUUAGCGUGGCACCCGGCUGGUCACAUCUUAGUGAGCGGAUCCGCGGAUAACACGACCAAGUUUUGGUGCAGAAACCGUCCGGGUGAAGUUGCACGCGACACCGCGGCUGGCCGCAUGCCAGCCGGCGGCGCAGUCGAGGAAGUGAUUCCGACAACCGUUCCUCGCCCGAACGCACCGCCCGGUUUACCUCCGGGGGUGGGACAAGCCGGGGCGCCGCCUCGCCGUCCCGCAUCGGCACCGCGCGCCGCUCCUCCUGGUCGGAGUCGCGCCCCACCACCAGCCCCACCGCCCGGCGCACCGUCGUUCAACCGCCCACCACCGUCCGCGCCGCCGACCGGCCGACCCGGUCCGCCGCCCGCUCGUCCGCCGCCCGCUCGUCCGCCCCCGGGAGGCCGCCCACCCCCGCGCGCGCCCGCGCGUCCACCGCCCGGACUCCCGCCCGGUCUCGAUCGUCGUCGAUAA